GCCGAGGCUAUGUCCAGCAACAUUGUGCCCUUGACAAUUCUGGCUUUCGUCGCCUACCUCAUCUAUCAUCUCAUCUACCAGCCGCUGUACGCGACUCCCUUGCGAACAAUCCCGGGCCCAAAGUCCUUUGCAGUAACCAAGUGGCGACUGGCACUUUCCGACUACUAUGGAGUGAGAACAUCCAAGAUUCACUCCUUGCAUCAGGAGUAUGGCACUGCCGUGCGCAUCGGCCCGAAUGAAGUGUCAUUCUCGUCUAUGUCCGCCUUGAGAACAAUAUACGGUGCGGGAUCCGGUUUCGAGAGGACAACCUUCUACAGAAUGUUUGACGUAUACGGACGCCAGAACCUCUUCACCUUCGCUAGCACGAAGCAGCAUGCGGAGAGAAAGAAAGCGCUCGCUCACGCCUAUUCCAAAAGCGUAAUACUAUCACCCAAUGCAAUUGCAAAGCCCCUCAUAGAGAAGAAUGUGAAGGAGUACCUGGAACUUCUGGACCACGAGAAGGGAGCGGCCGAGGAAAUAUUCCAGAGUCUGCACUGGUUCAGUCUUGACAGUAUCACCGGGUUUCUCUAUGGAGCUCAACAUGGGGGAACGCACGCACUAACAGGAGAUGAGACGGAUAGGAGAAUGCUCAAUGACAUCGUUGAUCAUAGCCGAAGAUACCUGAGCUGGUACGCGGUGCAUUUGAAAAGUUACACCAAGUGGCUCUACACUCGCACUGGAGUCAUGGAGAAAAUUGUGACUAAUUGUGGGUUGCUGCCCAUGCAAAAGCCUGCAACGUAUACUGGUAUUCGAGCGCACGCGCUUAAAUCGUGGACCAUUUUUGAGACUGCCGUGACAGCAAGAGGCCUGGAAGAAAAUUCGUCGAUUAUGGAGAAGUUGUGGAAACACAAUGAAACCGGCAAAGGCACCCGACUCGAUGGCCUCGACAUGGCCUCCGAAUUAGCGGACCAUUUUCUCGCUGGAAUCGAUACGACGAGCGAUACCGUAAUGUUUACGAUAUGGGCUCUCUCACGGCCAGAAAACUGGAAGUAUCAGGAGAAAUUGAUCGAGGAGGUCGAUGGUAUCCCCGACACGGAUUGCAACCACAAUGGCCACCCCACGGUGGAGGCUGCAGACAAGUUACCAUACCUUGACGCCGUGAUCAAAGAGACGCUUCGUCUGUAUGCCCCGUUGCCGGCAUCAGAGCCGCGCUCAAUGCCCGUUGACACAACCAUUGACGGCUAUUUGAUUCCAGCUGGGACUGUGGUGAGCAUGUCGCCGUACACGCUCCACCGCAAUCCGGACGUGUUCCCAGAACCCCUGAAGUUCAAACCGGAACGGUGGCUAGGCCAGUGCGGAGAUCUUGCAGAGAUGAAGAAGUGGUUCUGGGCAUUUUCAAGCGGAGGCCGCAUGUGCAUUGGUUUGCACCUUGCCAUGGCAGAGAUGACAACACUGUUAGCUGCGAUUUACAGGGAAUACACAACUAGUGGGUACGAACGACAACAGGGAGUGAGUCCCGGCAUUACAAGCCGUUUCGAGGUUUUCUAUGAUGAGACCUUCCCAAAAUACGAGGAACAUAAAUGUUGGAUCGACUUUCAAAAGCGGAAAGCGUCACCUCAAUAG